GAGAGAAAGAGUAAAGAAGUAGAGAGAGAGAUAUUGUAUCACCAAACCCUAAUGAUCUCUCACCCUCACAAAUUUUCUUAUCUUUAUAGCUUUUAUAGAUUCACAAAAACUUUUCUUCAGAUUCACAAUCUCAUCACAACCCUUCAAAAAGAGAAAAGAUCUAAAGAAUAAACAAGAGCCCUAAUAUCAAAUCACAACCAAAAAAACCAAAGAAAGCUAAUUAAAGUUUUCUCUCUAGCUAUUCCUCUUCUUUUCUUGUUCUUGAAAACUAGGGUUUACUUCACCAAAAGAUAAGAUCUUUCCCCAGAAAAAGCAAUACCCAAGUCAUGUUUCUGUGUGUCUGUAUAUAGAUAAAACAUUACAUACCCUAAUAAGGUUACACAAAUAGCUAUAAAAGAGGGAAAAUAAGAUAGGGAUUUUUUGGGGUGAGGAAAGAUGGGAAGAGGAAGAGUAGAGCUCAAGAGGAUAGAGAACAAAAUCAACAGACAAGUGACGUUUGCUAAACGUAGAAAUGGUUUGCUGAAAAAAGCUUAUGAGCUUUCUGUUCUCUGCGAUGCUGAAGUCUCUCUCAUCGUCUUCUCCAACCGUGGCAAGCUCUACGAGUUCUGCAGCACCUCCAACAUGCUCAAGACACUGGAAAGGUAUCAGAAGUGUAGCUAUGGCUCCAUUGAAGUCAACAACAAACCUGCUAAAGAGCUUGAGAACAGCUACAGAGAGUACUUGAAGCUGAAAGGUAGAUAUGAAAAUCUGCAACGUCAGCAGAGAAAUCUUCUUGGAGAGGAUCUUGGACCUCUGAAUUCAAAGGAGCUAGAGCAGCUUGAGCGUCAACUAGACGGCUCUCUGAAGCAAGUUCGCUGCAUCAAGACACAGUAUAUGCUUGACCAGCUCUCUGAUCUUCAAGGUAAGGAGCAUAUCUUGCUUGAUGCCAACAGAGCUUUGUCAAUGAAGGAAAGUUUGAAAAAUAUUGUGUUUUGUUUAGCUGGAAGAUAUGAUCGGCGUGAGACAUCACCAUAUAGGAGGAGGAUGGGAAGGUGGUGAUCAACAGAAUAUUGCCUAUGGACAUCCUCAGGCUCAUUCUCAGGGACUAUACCAAUCUCUUGAAUGUGAUCCCACUUUGCAAAUUGGAUAUAGCCAUCCAGUGUGCUCAGAGCAAAUGGCUGUGACGGUGCAAGGUCAGUCCCAACAAGGAAACGGCUACAUCCCUGGCUGGAUGCUGUGAGCGAUACUUCUUCCCCCAAUAAAGAUCUUAAGCAAGUACUGGUGGGGUCUUCGUGGUGUGAUCUUAGAUCUUAUGCAUAUGAAUAAUAAUGUUAUUGCACAAGACUUUUGCUUUUGUAGACACAAGUGGCUAUAGCUGUAAUAGCCUUCAACAUCUCUCUUCUGUUUCAGGAUUUGUUUGUGCCUAUUGUAAUUGCUUAUAUAUGUAUGGUUUGUAUAAUGUGUGAAAUGUUAACAUCGACCAUGUCUCAUCUGGUGAAGUACUUAUCCUGUCUA